AUGACGGGUAAAAUAGAUACAGAAUUCAAUGAAGAAUGCAUUGUUGAACACAACCGCUUACGAGCUUUGCAUGGAUGUCCAGACCUGAUACUUGAUGAAAAAUUGGCCAAUGAUGCUCAAAAAUACGCAGAAUAUUUGGCUAGCAUUAGUGAACUUGAACAUUGCAUGGAAACCGAUGCAGGAGAAAACUUAGCAUUUUACACAACUAACAGCAUUGCUGAGAAAAAAGACUUUACAGGUGUGGAUGCGACAAAGACAUGGUAUCAAGAAAUAGAAGACUAUGAUUUCAAAAAGGAAAAUCAAUUUUCGUGUGGACAUUUUACACAAGUUCUAUGGAGAUCGACUUUGAGAGCUGGUUUUGGCAGAGCAUUUUCCAAGGAUCACCGGAGUAUUUAUGUUGUUGGUCGGUAUGAUCCACCAGGAAACUAUUCUCGAGAAUUCAGAAAUAAUGUGCCUCCAUUAAUUCGGAGCUAA